AUGCACAUGCUUCUUGGUGCCGGUGAUGGGAUGGGGGGAUGCCAGGACGCUGCCAAUAUGCUCAAGCCAGCGUUGGCCCGUGGUCGUAUCCGUUGUGUGGGUGCGACGACUUUUGAUGAUUACCGUAAGUACAUUGAGAAGGAUGCCGCACUCGAGCGGCGGUUCCAGAAGGUGCACGUUGAGGAGCCUAGCGCGCAGGCCACCAUUGCCAUGCUGCGGGCGCUAAAGCAGCAGUAUGAACAGCACCACGGCUUAGAAACCCAAGAUGCCGCUCUUGUUGCUGCCGUGCAGCUCGCUGGCCGUUACAUCACGGUGUCUACUGUAGGUCGUCCAUUUCCUGAUAAGGCAAUUGACCUCAUUGAUGAGGCUGGUGCCACAGCAGCCAAAACAAUGAUGCCAGUUGGUGAUCAAGAAGAGAAUGUGAUCACUCUGCACAGUAGCUCUAAAAAUGCAGUGAAGGAGGCAAUUGUUUGCCCUAAUCAUGUCGCACAAGUUGUGAGCCAAUGGACUGGAAUUCCUGUCACUGCGCUUGACCAAGAGGAGAAGGACAGACUAAUCCACCUAGCGAGCAGACUGCGGGAGCGAGUUGUUGGCCAGGAUGAAGCUGUAAAUCUGGUUGCACAAGCAGUGUUACGUUCCAGAGCCGGCUUUGAUCAGCCUGGCCAACCCAUAGGCUCUUUUCUCUUCUUAGGCUCGACUGGUGUUGGAAAGACAGAGCUUGCAAAAGCUCUUGCUGUGCAGUUAUUUGACAGCGAGAAGAUGUUAGUUCGCUUUGACAUGUCUGAAUAUGUUGACAGGGGAUCCGUGCUGCGUCUCAUCGGAGCACCUCCAAGCUAUAAAGGCCAUGAAGACGGUGGACAAUUGACGGAGAAAAUCAGGAGACGUCCAUACAGUGUUAUCCUUUUUGAUGAAGUGGAGAAGGCAGAUCCAUCGGUGUUGAACCUUUUUAUUCAACUUCUGGAUGAUGGUGUGUUGAUAGAUGGGAAAGGCCGGACCGUAAAUUUCAAGAACACCAUCAUCAUUAUGACUUCAAAUCUAGGAGGGGAGCACCUAACAGCAGGAAUGGAUGGAAAAAUCACAAUGGAAGCUGCACGGGACCUUGUGAUGCAACAGGUUCAGAAACACUUCAAACCCGAGCUUCGCAACAGAAUGAGUGAGAUUGUGAUAUUUGAGCCGCUGUCGCACGACAAUCUUAAGGAGAUUGUGAAAAUCCAGAUGAAGAGCAUUGUCGCCAGCAUAGCUAGCAGGGGCAUCUCUCUAUGUGCGAGUGAUGCCGCGCUGGACGUGGUUUUGUCGGAAUCUUACAACCCAAUGUAUGGCGCAAGGUCUGUAAAGAGGUGGUUGCUGAAGAAUGUGAUGACUGAUCUCUCCGAGAUGCUGGUCAGCGGACGAAUCUGUGAAGGCUCCUCGGUCUCCAUUGACGCUGCCAAUGACAAGGGUCUUAAGUUUGAAGUAGUGACGUAG